GCCGGAGAGCAGAAACGCCACUCAGCUGAAGUUCUCAAUGCUGCGCGGAGGUUUUGCGCCUCACACACACACACACACGCACGCACGCACACACACACGCACACACACACGCACGCACGCACACACACAUGCCCCAAUGAUCGGAGUACGGCAGCAGUGUGCUGAGUGUGUGUGUCCGCGUUUAUAGUACGACCGAUAUGGACUACUUUUACCUCCUGCUCUGCGCCGUCACACUCGGGCUGCUGGAGAACUCCGGAGCGAGUCUGUCAGAGAAGCUGAGUGAGUUUGGCCUCAUCGUCCCCUUUAGCUCGGACUCUCGUGGCCGGUUCGUUUCUCACGUCCUGUCAUCCGGCUCAGCGUCAGCGUUACCCUCGGAGCGGAGGCGAGUGGCCCGCAGUGCCCCUGCAGCGUCCUCCAGGUUUUUGUUUUUUAACGUCACUGUGUUUGGAAGGGAGCUCCACUUGCGACUGAGGGCCAAUCGGAGACUGGUGGCCCCCGGCGCCUAUGCAGAAUGGCAGGAGGACUUCGAGGAGAAGGAGAAGGAGCGGAUAAACAACGACUGCCUGUUUACCGGAGACGUCAGUGACAUGCCGGAAGCUUCUGUGGCCAUCAGUAACUGUGACGGACUCGCUGGAUUGAUUCGCACGGAUAAAGGCGAGUUCUUCAUCGAGCCACUGCAGAAAGGUCAACAGGAGUCAGAGGUCCAAGGUCGAGUUCAUGUGGUGUAUCCCAGAUCUGCAGUUAAACGACAAAACCAGGAAGAUCUGCAUAAUGAAGUACCAGAUUUUGGGAUAGCGGAGCUCCCCAAUGCUCUGGAUGUAGUGGAGCAGAAGCUUUCUGAAUCGGAUCGUAAACGUAGACAUGCUAAAAAAGAUGACUACAGCAUCGAGGUUCUCCUGGCUGUAGAUGACUCUGUGGUUCGCUUUCACGGAAAAGAACAUGUGCAGAACUAUGUCCUCACGCUCAUGAACAUAGUAGAUGAAAUUUAUCAUGAUGAGUCUCUGGGUACGAGCAUCAACAUUAUUAUUGUGCGUAUGAUCAUGGUGGGCUAUCGUCAGUCUGUGAGCCUCAUAGAGCGAGGGAAUCCCUCUCGCAGUCUUGAGCAGGUGUGCCGCUGGGCCAACACGCAGCAGAAACUGGACCCGAGCCACGCCGAGCACCAUGACCACGCCGUCUUCCUGUCCAGGCAAGACUUUGGUCCUGCAGGUAUGCAAGGUUACGCCCCGGUGACAGGCAUGUGCCACCCACUGAGGAGCUGCACGCUGAAUCACGAGGACGGAUUUUCCUCAGCGUUCGUUGUGGCUCAUGAAACCGGCCAUGUCUUGGGUAUGGAACAUGAUGGUCAGGGGAACCGGUGUGGAGAUGAGACCAGUAUGGGCAGCAUCAUGGCUCCUCUGGUUCAGGCGGCGUUUCACAGGUACCACUGGUCCCGCUGCAGCAAACAGGAACUCAACCGCUACCUACAUUCCUAUGAUUGUCUCCUAGAUGAUCCGUUUGAACACAAGUGGCCCAAACUGCCCGAGCUCCCAGGGAUUAACUACUCUAUGGAUGAACAGUGUCGCUUUGACUUCGGGGUUGGAUACACCAUGUGCACAGCUUUCAGGACAUAUGAUCCGUGUAAGCAGUUGUGGUGCAGUCAUCCUGAUAAUCAGUAUUUCUGUAAGACGAAGAAAGGACCUCCAGUGGAUGGGACAGAGUGUGCACCUGGCAAGUGGUGUUUUAAAGGUCACUGUAUCUGGAGCUCAGCUGAUCAGCUGUAUGGUCAUGAUGGAGGAUGGAGUUCAUGGGGAAGGGUUAGUUCAUGUUCCAGAACAUGUGGGGGAGGGGUUCGGUCCCGCAGCCGCCAGUGUAACAACCCACCUCCAGCAUAUGGAGGUCGUGAGUGUCCAGGCUCGGAGUUUGAUUAUCAGAUCUGUAACUCUGAGGACUGUCCUGGUCAGUAUGAGGACUUCAGAGCUCAGCAGUGCGUUCAGCGCAGUAACAAAUACCACAACAACAUCAAACACACCUGGCUGCCCUAUGAACACCCACAAGAGGACCGCAAGUGUGAGCUAAGUUGUCGUUCUAAAGAGACGGGGGAGGUGGUGUUUAUGAAUCAGGUGAUGCAUGAUGGGACACGAUGCAGUUACUCUGAUCCAUUCAGUGUGUGUGCCAGAGGAGAGUGUCUGCAUGUGGGGUGUGAUAAAGAAGUUGGCUCGUAUAAACAGGAGGAUAAGUGUGGUGUGUGUGAAGGAGACAACUCUCACUGUCGCACUGUCAAGCUGACGCUCACCAAAACACCCAAACUCAAAGGUUUGUUGAAGGUGUUUGAUAUCCCUGCAGGAGCGAGACAUAUAGUGAUAGAGGAGAGCGCUGCGUCUCCACACCUCAUGGCCAUUAAGAGUCAGGUGACGGGGAUCUUCAUCCUGAAUGGGAAGGGAGACGAGGUGAAAUCCAAGCUGUUCAUUGAGAGUGGUCUGGAGUGGAACUACACCAUGGAGGGAGAGAAGGAGACACUGAAGAGCGCUGGACCUCUGAAUGAAGGCAUCGUGGUGCUGGUGGUUCCUAAAGAAGAAGACAGGAAGAUCAGUUUGAGUUAUAAAUACAUCAUCCAUGAGGAUCUGGUUCCCAUCAUCACCAACAACAACGUGCUGUUAUCUGAACUGGACAGUUACGACUGGGCACUGAAGAGCUGGACACAGUGCACCAAGCCCUGUGGAGGAGGUGUGCAGUACGCUAAGUAUGGUUGUAGAAGGAAGAGUGAUGGCCAUUUGGUACAGAGAACACUGUGUGACAUCAGCAAAAGACCCAAACCUAUCCGCAAACGCUGCAAUGUCAACGAGUGCAGCCCACCCAUGUGGCUAACAGAGGAGUGGAGUGUGUGCAGUAAAUCAUGUGGUAAACUGGGUGUUCAGUUCCGUGUGGUUCAGUGUGUUCAGCCUCACCACAAUGGAACACACCGAAUCCUACACUCCAAAUACUGCAGCUCAGACAAACCCCCCACACACCGAGUGUGUAACAGCACCUGCCCCGCCCAGUGGAGGACCGGAGUCUGGUCACAGUGUUCAGUGACGUGUGGUGAGGGAAUUAAACAGCGUCAGGUUGUGUGCAGAUCCUCGGAAAACACCUCGGCUCAGUGUGAAGAUGAAAAACCUGAGAGUGUGUCCAUCUGCAAACUCUCACCAUGUCCAGGAGAGCCGUCAGUCUCCUCCCCUCCUGCAGACUCAUGGGAUAACGACACUGCUGAUGGAGACAUCAAUAAGAUCUCAAAUGAACCGUGUCUUCAUGAUAAAUCGAUAUUCUGUCAGAUGGAGGUUUCGGACCGUUACUGUUCUAUUCCUGGAUAUAAUAAGCUGUGCUGUGAUUCCUGUAAUAAGAAACUGGGAACCACCACCACCUCCACCACUCCAACCACCACCUCCACCACUCCAACCACCACCUCCACCACUCCCACCACCACCUCCACCACUCCCACCACCACCUCCACCACUCCCACCACCAACACUACCAACACUGCCACCACUACCACCACUACCACCACUACCACCACCACCUCCACCACUCCCACCACCAACACUACCAACACUGCCACCACUACCACCACUACCACCACCAUCUCCACCACUCCCACCACCAACACUACCAACACUGCCACCACUACCACCACCAACACUACCAGCACCAGAGCAGCACCUGUUUUAUACACUUCCUCCUCAGUGCAGCUAGAUUCCUUCAAUCCCCUCCCAUCCAGACCUAAACCUUCUGUUCCUCCGACUUCACCUUCUGUUACAGCUAAUGCUAAAGAUAACAAACCGAACUCCACUGUUCAGAGUCUGACUACAGCUACGUCCAUCCCAAGCCUUGAGCACGCUUCCUCCCAGACAUCUCCACUGUCUACUUCACCUCUACCUCCGGAGCUGAGCGCUAAUGUUAGCACUAGCACUAGCAUCAGUGACACCCGUCGGCCUUCUCAGGACUUGGAGCAGAAGACGGAGAAAGCCAAACCUCACAACAGCACUUUAGUCCCGACAGCAGUGGAAGGCGAGCUAGACUCUUCUAAUAGGAACCUAAUGGUGGUCACAUGAUCAGGAAGUGACACGCUGCUGUUUAGUAAUGGUGCUGACUGCAUGGUGCCGAUGUGACUCUUUUGUUUGUUUGUAUGUAAACUCUCUGUGCCAGUUCUGGGUUACCUCAGAUCUCUAACCUGCAGGGUGACACCACACACACCUGUCUAAACUACAUUACCCAUAAUCCUCUACCACAUUAAACGGUGCUGUUAUUUUUUAACUACUAUGAAUAACAUGGUGAAGUUCAGCGACUUUGUUUUUCUCUGAGUGUUUCAGAACUACUAGAUUAUUCUGGGAUGAGUAUGACACACGGGGGAGGAGCAGGGCAGGAGUCCAGGGGCAGGAAUGGCUUUAACCCCUACUGUUUGUCUGAUUUUGGAAAGAGUUAUGUUAUUGCUAAUUUUUAAUUCCAAGUAAUGUUUUAUUUAAUGAGCACAUCAGCUCUUUUGCUCACAUCAACACGACCGAAUAGCAUCAAGAUGCGUUUGAAUUAUUAAUAGAAUCUCAGUAAUAGACUCAGAAGUUUGGACCUGACUCUUCAUACAUCAGAUUUAUUUAGAUGUUCAUCACAGUUAAAACUCGUACAGCUCCGUGGACCGCGAGCUGAAUCAUGACUCGAACCGUGUGCUGAAGCCUGCAGCUUCCUGUCACCUGUGAAAUUUAUUUCAAUGCAUGAUUUUUAUCUGGAAUUCUUUAGAUAACAAAAAAAAAUUCAGAUUUUAAAAGUAAUGUUGUAUAAAAAGUGUAAAUCUGGCAUUAGGAACAUAUUCAGCUGUUAUCAUAACAAAGCGAUCCUAAGUGGAACAGAAGAUGGCGGCUGUGUUAACUCUAACCUUCACUGUGUAUUGUACAGUUCUGUAUAUACAUGACUGAGAGCUUUAAAUGUUAAUAUUUAUUAUGUUUUAGAUUCAUGUAAAUGUAUACAUCAUGAAAAGACGUGCCUGACUGAUCUGUUACUGAUCUGAUGCUGAUCUGUUACUGAUCUGAUGCUGAUCUGUUACUGAUCUGAUGCU